AUGGCGAUCCUGCAGAUCUUCCAAGCCGACCUUCUCCAUAAACUGGACGAGGAAGGACCGGGAGCGAUCUGCGUGGCGGAUUUGAGAAGCGCGACAGACCUCACUCUACGCGCUGCAAAGGCCGCUGCACAGGCCAUCGGGCGAAAUAUGGCCUCUCUUACCGUAGCUGAGAGAAACUUGUGGCUAACACUGUCUGAGAUGACGGAUGCUGAGCACUCCGUGUUCCUCAACACGCCCAUCUCGCCAGCGGGCCUCUACGGAUCUGCCGUCACAGAUUUCGUGGACAGAUUCGUCGAGGUUUUACAUGUGCUUAAUAUGUUUCCAGAGGCUAUGUUUCCAUUGCUUCUGUUAUCAGGUUUUAUCACCUUCACCUUGAGUGUCCCUCAGUAUGUCUUUGUGAAUGAAUCCAAGACUUGGGCAGAAGCUCAGAGAUACUGUAGAGAUAAAUACACUGAUCUGGCCUCCAUUGAGAAUGAACAACAGACGGUCCAGUUAUUGGAUACAGUGAAUGAUGAUUCCAUUGAUUUGGCCUGGAUUGGACUCUAUGAUGAUCUGAACAGUUGGAGAUGGACUCUAGAGGACAGUGAUUUCUUCAAGGAAGGAGGGAAAGACUUCAGGAACUGGCAUGAGCAAGGACAAAACUAUUAUGGAGGACAAAGUGUGUGUGUGUUUAUGCAGAAGGGGAUAUGGUAUACAACAAGCUGCUCCAAUGCAUUUUAUCCUACUGUCUGCUAUGAUGGAAGAGAAAACGCCAGUGAUACUUAUGUUUUUAUUUACCAGUCCAAAACCUGGACUGAGGCUCAGAGUUACUGCAGAAAACAUCACACAGACCUCGUCAGUAUCAGGAAUGAGACUGAAAACCAGAAGUUCCAGUAUUUAUUUCGGAAUUAUUAUUAUUAUUAUGUUUGGAUUGGACUGUACAGAACCAGAUCUUGGUCAGAUCAGAGCAACUCUUCAUUCAGUAACUGGACGACAGGACAGCCAGAUACUCCAGGAUCCUGCACUGUAGUCUCAUUCACCGACUCUGGGAAAUGGGCAGAUGAAAACUGCACUUAUGUAUUUCCUUUCUUUUGCUACACUGUGUCAUCUUUGAUAUCAUCACGCCAGUAUCACUUUGUGAAUGAGUCUAAGACCUGGACUGAAGCUCAGAGACACUGCAGAGAGAAUUACACUGAUCUGGCCACCAUUGAUAACAUGGAGGAAAUGAACAGUCUGAUAAACACAGUUAAUGGGAGUUACAAUGGCUCAGCCUGGAUUGGACAGUAUGAUGAUGUGAACAGCUGGAGAUGGUCAUUGGAAAACAAUGAUUUUUAUCAGGAAGGAGAGAGAGAUUUCAGGAACUGGUAUCAUGAACCAGACAACAGUGGGGGGAACCAGCUGUGUGUUUACAUGAAUUAUGAUGGAAAAUGGUAUGAUACAUCAUGUGACUACACACUGCAAUUCGUUUGCUUUGAUGGUAGAGUGAAUGCCACACAGAGUUACGUUGUAAUCUAUGACAGGAAAAUCUGGUCAGAGGCUCGUAGAUACUGCAGAGAUCAUUACACAGAUCUCGCCAAUGUGAGAAAUCAGACUGAGAACCAGAGGAUCCUUGAGACAGCAGGUGGAUAUGAAGUCUGGAUCGGACUGUACAGAAACAGGGUUUGGUCAAACGGUCAGAUGACCAAAUUUGAAGACUGGAGACCACAAAUUCCAUAUUCUUCACAGCAACCAGAUAAUGGUCGAUAUGGUUAUGACCAAUGGUUUUCUCAGCAAUGUACUGCAGUAUCAUUCAGCCAUUUAGGCCGAUGGACUGAUGAGAACUGCUUAUCCAGCAUGCCAUUCAUCUGCUUCAACAGAACCUGCACACAAUCUUCAUGCACCCAUCAGUAUCACUUUGUAAAUGAUUCAAAGACCUGGACUGAAGCUCAGAGACACUGCAGAGAGAAUUACACUGAUCUGGCCACCAUUGAUAACAUGGAGGAAAUGAACAGGCUCUUUAAAAUAAUACGUAGGACUUACUAUGGCAAAGCUUGGAUUGGUCUCUAUGAUGAUCUGAACAGCUGGAAAUGGUCUCUGGAUAAUGCAGCUUUAGAAGGAGGAUUUAAAAGCUGGUAUGUCCAGCAACCAGUGAACUCAGGUGGACAGAGUCUGUGUGUGCACAUGUCAUAUUAUUGGGGAAUAUGGCGUGAAAUCUCUUGUUACUAUACACUUCCAUUUGUUUGCUAUGAUGGAAAAGUGAAUGCUAGUACAAGUUACGUGUUUGUUUACCAGUACAAAAACUGGACUGAAGCUCAGAGUUACUGCAGAGAACAUCACACAGACCUCGUCAGUAUCAGGAAUGAGACUGAAAACCUCAAACUUCAGUCUUUAUUUCAGUAUUAUUCCGCUUUUUGGAUUGGAUUGUAUAGAACCAGAUCUUGGUCAGAUCAGAGCAACUCUUCAUUCAGUAACUGGAGGAUAGGGCAGCCAGAUAAUGCUGGAAACAGUGAAUACUGCACUGCAAUGUCAUUUAGAGACUCUGGGAGCUGGACAGAUGAAAACUGCAAUACUGCAUUAUCUUUCAUUUGCUACAGUGCAUUAGCAUCAUCCCGAGAGUAUCACUUUGUGAAUGAGUCUAAGACCUGGACUGAAGCUCAGAGACACUGCAGAGAGAAUUACACUGAUCUGGCCACCAUUGAUAACAUGGAGGAAAUGAACAGGCUGAUAAACACAGUUAAUGGGAGUUACAAUGGCUCAGCCUGGAUUGGACAGUAUGAUGAUGUGAACAGCUGGAGAUGGUCAUUGGAAAACAAUGAUUUCUAUCAGGAAGGAGAGAGAGAUUUCAGGAACUGGUAUCAUGAACCCAAUAAUGCACCGAAUGAACUGUGUGUUUACAUGGAUUAUAAUGGAAACUGGUUUGAUUCAUCAUGUGAAUAUUAUUACACAUUUGUUUGCUACAAUGGUAGAGAAAACGCCUCUCAGAAGUAUAACUGGGUAUAUGAGGGAAGGACCUGGACUGGAGCUCAGAGCUACUGCAAAGAGAAAUACACAGACCUGGCCAGUGUGAGAGAUGAGACAGAGCGUCAACAGAUACUGAGCAUUACACGUUAUAGCUAUGGAUAUUCUGUGUGGAUUGGUCUGCACAGACUCAGACUGUGGUCAGAUCAGAGCAGCUCUUCCUUCACAUAUUGGCUGCCAUAUACUCCAGGUGCUGGAACGAAUCAAGGAAAACGGAUGCUCAGUGCUCCUUGUGGCUCCGUUCUGGACGAACCAAGCUUGGUUCCCAGUCCUAAUGCAGCUGACGAGUGCUGCCCCAUGGCCAAUACCAACGAGGAAGGACCUCCUCUCUCAGGCCAAGGGCUCGAUUUGGCAUCCUCACCCGGAGCUAUGGUCCCUGCACGCAUGGGCCAUCAACGGGUACCCGCAAACCUCCCAGAGGGAGUAUUAAACACAAUCACGCAGGCCAGGGCGCCGUCCACUAGACGACUCUAUGCCGCGAAAUGGUCAGUGUUUGCUGGCUGGUGCAGAGUCCGAGGCUUUUCACCCCCAAACUGCGGGAUUACGGAAGUGCUCUCCUUCCUUCAGGGGCUGCUGGAUAAGGGUAUAACCCCAUCCACGCUUAAAGUUUAUGUGGCGGCCAUAGCUGAGUUUACAAAACCCGCGACUGGCCAGUCACUGGGGAAAAAUUAUCUGGUCAUCCACUUCUUAAAAGGAGCUAAGAGACUAAAUCCUACCAGACCCCCCUCAGUCCCCAUGUGGGACCUUUCCACAGUUCUGGAAGCCAUGAAAGGUGCCCCGUUUGAGCCGAUCCACCUGUCGAACAUGAAACACCUGUCAUUCAAGACAGCGUUUCUCAUAGCGCUCGCUUCAGUGAAGCGCAUAGGGGAUCUGCUAGCGCUCUCAACAGACCGAGCAGCUGUUCGUUUCGUUCAACGGACGUACUAA